ACCCUUCAACCCUGCUUCAUGUUGGGCCACCAUUCGCCCCUUGUCUGAAAAUAGAAAGAGGUUACAGAGUUUGCUCCUAAUUCCCAACCCAGAAAUAGCAAAUUUGCUCUAACCCACACUUCAUCUCUAUAAUUCCAUUUCAUUUCCAGUAUAGUUUUCUUAUAGCUUCCAAAAAAAAAAAAAUUAGUGCAAAGUUGUCUUCUUUACUGGUAUUGGUUACGAGGAAAACAAAAAUUAACAACCAAACAUUGUAUAACUAAAUGCUAGUUUUUAUGUGGAGCUUAAACUCUGUCAAACCCAACCAAACAUGGCACAAAUUAGUGCUGGGUUUUAUGUGGAGAUUAAAUCGCCUCUAACCCAAACCAAACGGCCCUCUAAAUGUAUUUCUACAUUGGGUUCCACGCAAUCCCUAACCCGUGGUAGAUGUCAAUCUCGUUGUCAAUGGUGGAUGGUCUUAAGGCUGCUCCUUGCUCCACAUGCCAAAUUAACAUGUCAAAUUGCUUGUUUUGAAGAAAUGAUAGAUGUCUUGAAGAUAGAUCCAAUUCCAUUCAAAAAGUCAAAUGGAAUUGUAUAGUAUCUUUUUAUUUUUGGUGUAGAGAGAUAGGCUUAGAAGAUAUAGAUCAACUUGUAGACUUAUUAAGAUCACUGGUCUCAAUGCUGUGUGAAUUUGAAGUUCACUUAUAUGUGGUAGUUCCUGUGGAAGAUCUAAAAGAAAGCAGAGAACUCCCUGGAAGUAUUGUCAUCAGGCGUCUUUUUAACCAGCUCACAUUUCUGAGGGCUACAGAAGAUUGUGGAUACUUUCUCAAAGUGACAAAAGUGAAGAGCGUAGGCAAUGGAAAGUUGUCGGACUCAUCAAAAUACAUCAUAUUCCCUGUAACCUUCUACAGUCGUACCUUCUUACCUAAAACUGGGGAAGUCUUGGUUGGUAUUGUCAUCAAGGUUUGCAGCGAUGGAGUCUUUCUGAAAUGUGGACCUAUGAACUCUAUUUACCUCAGUCGUCGGAAGAUGCCAAAUUACAACUAUGUAUCGGGUGAAAACCCAUGCUUCUUAUGCGAUGAUCACUCGAGGAUUGAGAACGAUGUGGCUGUCCGAUUUGUGGUGUUUGCUAUGAGAUGGAGUAGAACCCUUGUGAGGAAAUUCGACGUUCUUGCAAGCAUAGAAGGUGAUUGCCUUGGGCCAAUUUCCCUGAAUGGAUUCGAUGGACUAGAGCUGUGAAUUUCUCAAUAGGAAAGGUAAAGAAAAGUGCAUUGUUAUAGUUUCUUUUACCAAAUCAAAAUAGGAAAACAAGAAACUUUUGUAUAUGUUGGUUUACUUAUAGGAUGUAAAUGAGUUAUCAGUGACAUUAUGAAUGUACAUGGUUGGUGUUACAGCUUU